CUUUACAUUCUUUGUUUCGAUUAAGUUCAGUUACUGUUUCUUGAAAAGUUUUUAAAAAAGGGGAGUGUUGUUAAAUGUUAAAGUAUCCUAAAUAUUAAAACAUGUCAAGAUUAGACAAUAUCGAUGCCUUAGAUAGGCAAUUGGCUGACUUACAAAUGAGUAAAGACAACAAUACUCCCGGAAGAGUAAAGAAGGUACCACCAGCAGUACCGCCAAAAAAGAAGGCGCAACCACAAGUUCCACACAGCGCCGUAGUGAAUACACUGCGUGAACCUUCUUAUUCCACAAAGAUCUCGCCUGUUUUAAAUAAUAAUGCCUCAACAUACAGUAACAUAUUUUCCUCUAAUGUGAAGCCGCCGAAUAAAGAUUACGCAAACGUGAAUCAUCAGCCUAAUCUUCAGUCUCCCUACAAGGCAACUGCACAAGUGAAAAGCAAUAUACCCACUUAUAGUAAUGUCCCUGGAUAUACAAGCACUCUGAACAAACCAUUGCCUCCCCCUCCGCCGCCACUACCACCCUCUCAUUUAACAAAGCCUAUUUUGUAUACAACACCUGCUUUUGAGAAUAACACGGAAGAGUAUUUACCACCACCAUCUCCGGUGAGUUCUAACUACAGUGAAUUAAUGAGAGCAACAGCUAAUCUUAAUUAUAACCAGGAGAGACCAUCUUACCCUCCCAUAUAUCAAAAUGAAUAUCCAGAAUAUGGAGUGUCCCAGGCUUCUACAUAUGAAUCACUAUAUGAGCCUAUAAACCUACACACUCAAGGAAAUGGUCAAGGAAGAACCAGUAACAUGACUAUAUCCAAAACUAAAUCACCUUUACCAAAGGAAGAAGAAGUUGAUGCACUGACUAAUCUCCUUGUACAAUCUAUUUCUGAUAGUCAAGAUUUGGAUAUUUUUGGUAUAUGCAUCAAGUGUGAUGAGAAAGUGGUCGGUGAAAGUUCUGGAUGCACAGCAAUGGGGAAUAUGUAUCAUGUGAAAUGCUUUUGUUGCCAUCAAUGCAAUACUAAUUUACAAGGAAAGCCAUUUUAUGCUGUUGAAGGCCAGCCAUACUGUGAAGCAGAUUACUAUGAGACAUUGGAAAAAUGUUCCGUUUGCAACAAACCAAUUCUUGAUAGAAUUCUAAGAGCUACUGGAAAACCGUACCAUCCAACAUGUUUUACAUGUGUAGUGUGUGGUAAAAGCCUUGAUGGAAUACCAUUUACAGUCGAUGCCACUAAUCAGAUCCAUUGCAUUGAAGAUUUUCAAUUGAAGUUUGCUCCUCGUUGCUGUGUUUGUGAAUUACCAAUCAUGCCAGAGGAGGGAGAGGAGGAGACCGUGCGUGUUGUUGCAUUAGAUCGCAGUUUCCAUGUUCGUUGCUACCGAUGUGAGGACUGUGGUCUGAUGUUGUCUUCUGAGGCAAAAGGCCAUGGCUGCUAUCCUCUGGAUGGACACAUUCUAUGCAAAACAUGCAAUGCUCAUCGCAUUCGUCAUCUCACUAAAGUAAUGACUACUGAUCUUUAAAUGCAUAAUACAAUUAGCUUUUAACUACUUAUGACAUUUACAGAUAAGAAGACAUUAUAUGCUUUAUGACCUCGAUGACUAAUUUUUCUUGG